AUGGAGGACCAAGAGGCCAAGAUUGAUGCAGAGCUCACACGCACGUUUCUGUCCUUCCGCAUGUUGAAGGAAGUGCUGCAAUCUACUAACAUCAAGGACGACGAGGAAACAGUAAUGGUUACGCGCAUGUGCGUAGAUCCACGUCACGUUGAAGAGUUUGAGCGUCUGCUGCGUAUGAUUCUCAAGAGCACACAUACAGUGGACCACGUGUCUACGUGCGUCGUACGUCCGCCGCCAGGUGAAUAUACCUAUACGUCGAUUGUUAAAUACUCGAAUUUACACGCAAUGCGACACAUUUAUCCAUCUACAAUGGAAAAUGGUGUGGAAUUACACAAAUUACUGGCAGCACGAGAUUCGCUGCUAUUGGAACCACCGACGUAUCAGAUUGAAGCAGGUUUUGGCACAUGGAUCGAGUCUGAUGGAAAUACAAAGCCAAUGCGAGGCGAUGACUCGGAAGAUGACAAUAAUCUUGUGUAUCAGACUGUUCCUGGUCCGUGCUGCAAUGAUUCGUGUGAAAACCCACACGGAUUGAACGUUCGGGCGUCUUUUGUAGCGCCUACGAAGAAUUUUCAGCUUUUCCGACCGAGAUAUCAGCGAAAUAAUAAGAAAGGAGGACAGAAGAAUUUACGCUGUUUUCCAUGCUGUCGUAAUGGACGUCAUGUGAGCUCAGGGUUUUGUGGAGAUUCAAUCCGAGUGCACGUGGCAAUUAGUCGUAUGACUGAGUCGGGAGGUGUCAAGAUUUGCCCCAUCCAAACGACCCACCCGGCCGUACUGGCGUUUGCUCGUUUUGUGAACCUCGAUGGUACUUUUGAUCCUACCGUUUCGGGACCGGAGGUUUCACCUGGACACACGAUCGAGAAGGCCGAUGUGCUGGCGUGGGUGCGCGACAAGCAUCACCCAAUGAACCCGCUCUUUCCGGGGAUCCUGCGUGGUGCCGCCAUGGAGACAUCAUCCCAGUCGGCAAUUUUUCAGUUUAAUGCUGAGUGUAAGGCAUGGCAUUAUGGUUGGACUGCCCCGCGUGGUCAGGGGCUAUCUGGAAGCGAUGUGCAACAUGUGCUAGAAGUGCUUUUCAUGAAACCGAUGGGCUCUUAUAUGUACUGCCUUGAGUGUCUACGCUCGGACGGCUUUUCGAUCUACUCGAGCCGUAGAGCUAGUCAUGCUGCAAUCAAAUCUGAUACAGAGAGUUUCGAGAACCAGGAGAUUGCUGACGAUAGACACCUAAAGCGAAAGCGUGUUAUCCACGCAAUAGCGCCUACAAUGGGUGCUAUGAUGCGUCAGCCUCCAGCCUCACCUUCGACUACAGAAGUGUCUAGCGAUUCCCCGAUUUUUUCUCCCUCAAAGGAAGGUAUGACAAAUGGACGUUGCCCAAGCGUUGUCGCUGCGAUGCGGGCAACUGCACCUCAGACGUUUACAGGUUUUGUUGACAUCACGUCACCGAUGACACCUAUACCGCCGUUUAAGGCGAGAAAUCAUUAUGGGUCGACGCCAUCUCCCAUGGCUGCAUGUCCUCCUCCCGUCCUGGUGGACAGUGUAUCGUCAGAUUUUCACUGCCGUGGUUAUGACAGCAUGACUAGUGGUGACAUGCUGCAGAAUGAUAACCAGCCGCAGCAACAAAAGCAACAACAGCUUACUUGGCAACAGCAACAGUUGCCAACAGCACCGCAGCAGCAGCAGCAGCAGCUACACGUCAAUCAUCUGCAAGGGCUCCAGAGCCACUCGCUGUUCCAAGAAGAGCUACCCGCUCGCCGAGUAGUUUCGACGGACGAGCUGCCGUGGUCAGAGCUGUACAAUUUGUUUGACCCCACCCCGCUUUCUCCAGGUAGUACCGACGAUGAUCCUGACCGCGACGACGAGAUGCUGUCAAGUCCUGGAAAUAGUCCGGCACCUUUUUUGGCUCCUAGCUCGGGCGUGGUGUCGCCCUCUCUGACACCAGUACACCAAAGACUAUUCUGA